AUGAUUCAUGUCUGGUCAGGGCUUCUUGCCUACAAAACACCAAACUCUGGGUGUCACCAGUUAGCUCACUUGGCAAUACACGUCUUGUCAAUUGUUGCUAACUUGGCUGGCUGCAAGCAACUAUUCAGCAAGAUGGGACACAUUCACACAAAGUGGCGUAAUUGGCUGGGAUACCAGAAGGUAUUUGACACUGCAGUUGUGCGUAUGGACCUCAAACGCAAGCACGCAGAUGAGGGGAGGACACAUUCAAGGCUGAAGUGCCAGUUUGGCUCCCCAGCUCUUGAUUCUGUGGUUUUGGGGGCUGGCACCAAAAGAAAUAACCAACCCAACAAGCUUGCAGAGUCUAUUGGCAAUGUCAAUGCAAUCAAAGAGGAGCUGGUUACUCCAAGCGUGCAUUUGCUCAUAACGCAACUUUGUCAAGAUGUACUCAAUGAUGAAGAUCCAUUAGAUGACAAGCCCAAUGAACUGCCCAUUGCUACACUCCCAAAAAAGGUUUGGUUAUUUUUUGGCACUCAGUUUCCUAUCCCACUACAUGAUCUCUUUGACUACUCUGGUAACACUGAGUCUGAAGUGCAUAGGCUGGAUUUUUUCAAGUCCAACAGGCUUAAUAACUUGGAUGCAGAGCUUGAGCUCUAUGGGUUAGUUACUUGGGACAUACAAAAAGGCCUGGAAAUUGAUGAUUCAACCAUAUAA